AUUGUCACAAGGCACAUUUCAAUCCUCAGGAAAGAAAUUGCCUUGCUCUUGAAUCCUUUUGGUUCUCAUCAUCUAAUUGUGUCCCACAUUUUUUUCUGUUCUUCAAAGCCAAAAUAAGAUGGAGAAAAGUCAAUCGUCUCCAACCAAGGACGCGUCCACAAAGCAGAAGAAUGUAGACGAUUGGUUACCGAUAACAUCCUCUAGAAAUGCCAAGUGGUGGUACUCUGCGUUUCACAAUGUCACCGCCAUGGUCGGGGCUGGUGUACUCAGCUUACCUUACGCCAUGUCUAAUCUUGGAUGGGGACCUGGAGUGACAAUAAUGAUAAUGUCAUGGCUGAUAACAUUCUACACACUAUGGCAGAUGGUGCAAAUGCACGAGAUGGUUCCAGGGAAGAGGUUCGACAGGUACCACGAAUUAGGCCAACACGCGUUUGGGGAGAAGCUCGGACUAUGGAUCGUGGUGCCACAACAACUAAUCGUUGAAGUAGGUGUGGAUAUUGUGUACAUGGUUACGGGAGGGAAGUCAUUGAAAAAAAUUCAUGACCUUCUUUGCACCGAUUGCAAAAAUAUAAGAACUACAUAUUGGAUCAUGAUCUUCGCUUCCAUACACUUUGUUCUUGCUCAUCUCCCUAAUUUUAACUCCAUAUCUAUCGUCUCCCUUGCUGCUGCCGUUAUGUCUUUGAGCUACUCGACAAUCGCUUGGGCAACCUCGGUGAAGAAAGGAGUUCAUCCAAAUGUAGACUACUCGUCUAGAGCAUCUACAACCUCAGGAAAUGUAUUCAACUUCUUGAAUGCACUAGGAGAUGUGGCAUUUGCGUAUGCAGGUCACAACGUUGUGUUGGAGAUACAAGCUACUAUUCCUUCAACACCUGAGAAACCAUCAAAGAUUGCAAUGUGGAAAGGAGUAGUAGUUGCAUACAUCGUUGUUGCCAUAUGCUACUUUCCCGUUGCAUUUGUUUGCUACUAUAUCUUUGGAAACAGUGUGGACGACAAUAUUCUCAUGACGUUGGAGAAACCCAUCUGGCUUAUCGCCAUUGCUAACGCAUUCGUGGUUGUCCAUGUCAUUGGAAGCUACCAAAUAUACGCAAUGCCGGUCUUUGACAUGCUCGAAACCUUUUUGGUAAAGAAGAUGAUGUUCGCUCCUUCCUUCAAACUCCGCUUCAUCACUCGUACUCUAUAUGUUGCUUUCACGAUGUUCGUUGCCAUAUGCAUCCCAUUUUUUGGUGGAUUGCUCGGGUUUUUCGGAGGAUUCGCCUUUGCCCCAACAACUUACUAUCUACCAUGCAUCAUGUGGCUUUGUAUCAAGAAACCAAAGAAGUAUGGAUUGUCUUGGUGUAUUAAUUGGUUUUGCAUAGUAGUUGGUGUUAUAUUGACGAUCCUAGCUCCCAUUGGUGGCCUCAGAACCAUUAUUAUCUCAGCCAAAAACUACGAAUUCUUCUCUUGAAGACCACUUUAUUUUUCGAACCCUUUGUUUCCAUCAAUCCAAUGUUGUUUUGACAAUUUCAUUUUCGAAACACAACUGGUCAUGUGUCUCAUAUAUACUUUCAUUUCGCCAUUUGUUCAGUGGCCAAUAAUUAAUGGUCAAUUCUAAAGGUUUGUAUUUUUUUUUAUAAAAUUUGAUAUAAUGUAUUAUCCAAAAUAUAUAUCAUCUUUAAAAUCAGUUCGA